AUGGAUUCCAAGAAUCAUGCUGAAGACGAUGUGCUGGAUGGCUGCAUUGAUUGGCUGGUGGACCUCAAGAAGUACAUGGCCUUAGCCGGUGAGCCGGUGCGCGUGAAAUGCGCUCUUUUCUACAGUUACAUCCGCACAAACUACAGCAUGGCUCAAAGCUCAGGGCUGCGUCUGAUGUGGUACAAAAACAAAGGGGACUUUGAAGAGCCCAUUAUCUUCUCGGAAGGGAGGAUCAACAAGGAUGAAGAUGCCAUCUGGUUUCACACGGCCGAAGUCCAAGACAGCGGCUUCUACACCUGUGUUCUAAGAAACUCAACAUAUUGCAUGAAAGUAUCCAUGUCCUUGACGGUCGCUGAAAAUGAACUUGGACUUUGUUACAACAGCACAAUCCGCUACUUAGAAAAAUCAGAAAUUACCAGGACCAAAGUCAUUUCCUGCCCGGAUACGGAGGAUUACAAAACAGGCAAGCAAGAGCCGGAUAUCAUCUGGUAUAAGGAGUGCAAGACCAAACUCUGGAGAAGCGUGGUGGUACAGAAAGAGAACACACUUUCAAUAGAAGAUGUUCAGGAGGAAGACGGUGGAAAUUAUACUUGUGAGCUGAAGUUUGAAGGGAAGUUGAUUAGACGCACAACGGAACUCAAAGUUACAGCUUUGGUCACCAACAGACCCCCUCAGCCUUUGUAUCCGGUAGAGAACCAGACGGGUCUUCUUGAAGUCCAGUUGG